UCUCUUUUUCGCACGUCACAGUCGGUUAACCCGUUUUCUAUUUACUACUUUCAUGUGAAAACGAAAAAAAAUGUCUGUCAAUAAUAAAUAUUUCAUUCAUUAAACUGUUGUUUGUAAUGAUAGUGAGUCGACUUGACAUGUAAAUAUUAGAUAAGCUGUACCUCUCUCUACGUGUAAAGUAAAUGUAAUUGUUGAAAGUUCAGUAAUCUCAGUCUGUUAAAUUAGUGCACGUCAUUAGGGCAUCAUAGUUUUGAAAUUUAAACAUAUUAUCGAUGACGUCCAUCUAGUGACGUCCGCUGACGGAUAUUGUGCUGUGCAUCCCAGAUUACUGAGAACAGGAUGACACCUCCACCGCCGUCCGAUGAGACUGCCAGGAAGCGAUCCGCUUCGGACUUCGUCUUUGGGAAAGUAAUCGGCGAGGGCAGCUUUAGCACCGUUUAUCUGGCGAAAGAUAUACACACGAAUAAGGAAUUUGCAAUAAAAGUACUAGAGAAGCGCCACAUGAUAAGAGAGAAAAAGAUGGAAUACGUCCUUCGCGAAAAGAAAAUGUUGCAGAUACUUUCGGGCUGCCCGAACUACUUCGUCAAACUAUACUGCACGUUCCAAGACGUCGAGCGACUCUACUUCGUGUUAACCUACGCUAAAAACGGAGAGCUAUUACCUCACAUAACUAAAAACGGCUCCUGGAACUUAGAAUGUACCAAAUACUACGCCGCCGAACUCGUACUCGCCUUAGAACAAUUGAACGCCAAAGGUAUCGUUCACAGGGACCUGAAGCCGGAAAAUAUCCUGUUCGACGAAAACUGGCACAUUCUCCUAAUAGACUUUGGUAGUGCGAAAAUAAUGACCGCCGAAGAUAAGAAGGAGAACGAGGAGGACGGGAAGAAACGUAAAAAUAGUUUCGUAGGGACCGCUCAAUAUGUAAGCCCGGAAAUUUUAAGAAAUUUAGAGACUAGUUACGCUUCCGACCUUUGGGCGCUCGGUUGUAUUAUCUAUCAAAUGGUUUCUCGCCUGCAUCCGUUUCACGCCGGUAGCGAGUACCUAAUUUUCCAGAAGAUUCUCAAGCUCGAGUACGAGUUUACAGAAGAAUUCGACGAGACCACAAAGGACUUAGUAAAAAAAUUGCUAGUAUUAAAUCCGACCAAGCGUCUAGGGGCAACCGAUAUUAAACCUUACUCGAGCAUUCGCCAGCACGAAUUUUUCAGCGAUAUCGAUUGGGACAACAUCGGUCCGCCCCCUAAGAUACUGCCGUGUUCACCUAGUAAAUCGUUAGAUAAGGAUAAUAAAAUACCCGAUCAUUUAGAGCCCGGUUUGGACGGCGAGAAAGCGUCACGUCUACAGCUCGACAUGCUAUGCCAGACCUCGGAUACGCCGACAAGGAAAAAGUCGGAGGGUAAUCGAAAUUUAGCGAAUUUAGACUCGUCGGAGAUAGAGAGACGGUUAGAAUUACAAAAAUUAGACAAAUGGCACAAUUUAGUCGAAGGUAACUUAAUUUUAAAGCAAGGUUUAGUUGAUAAGCGUAAAGGUUUGUUCGCUCGAAGACGGAUGUUGUUGUUGACUGUUGGACCAAAUUUAUACUACGUCGAUCCCGCCACAAUGGUACUUAAGGGAAGAAUUCCAUGGAGUGCUGAAUUACAUACUGAGCCAAAAAAUUUCAAGAUAUUCUUCGUUCAUACACCAAACCGAACAUACUACUUAGAAGAUCCAGAAGGAUACGCGUUAGAAUGGUGUAAAUCGAUAGACGAAGUGCAUGCCUACUACUUUCCGCAAUCCGUUCUACCUUAACGAUUAAAUAAAUUGUCAUUUUGGGCAACUUAGUUCGCAUUGUAUUUAUUUAUAUUAAAUUAUUUAUACCUAUAUGUACUUUAUAUUUAACGAAUUAUUUUCAUUUCCGUUUAUUAAUUUAUUAGUUGUAAACGUUUUAUGUAAUUUCAUUCAAUAAAAUUUGAACUUGG